GGUCUAGGGAGAGGAAGGAGGCUCGGGGCCGAGAGCGCGCUGAAGCUGCUCGCCCAGCCGGCCGGUGGACCUUGAACGCUGCCUGCGGUUGCUCGUCCAGCAGGCGGGGGUGCGCGGGUGGGCGCGGCUCGGCCUCCUCCUGUCCCAGAGUCCCCGGCGAGGGGCGCGGGGCGCUCCUCUGUCCGUCCGGAAGCCGAGGCAGCGCCGCGGAACGUGCAACUGCGGACUCGGUGGGGUCCAGUUGAUCAAAUAUUUUUGGAGACUGAAAAGUACAGAAUGGCCAGCAAUCAAACAAGCCCCUAAAGUGCUUAGACUCUUCACCCUUUUUUAAAUAACUUGGUGCCAAGAUGUCAGUACACACUUCGCUUAACAGACACAGCAGUGAUACCCUGGAAGGCUGUCAGAAGACCUCAUCACUGAGUGGCCUCACCCACAGCAACCGACUUAAAAUAUACUUGAAGUCAAAUAUGUCAGAGAGUGAAAAUCACGAUCCAGUAUUGAGUGCUGGAAGUAAAGCCAGAGACAUAAAUAGCACUUAUGUUAUCUCUGCCUGUAAAAAAACAAGAGAGACGCCCAUCACCCCUGACUCCAGCAGACUGACCCUUCAGAGAAGGGCUACUUGGAACAAAGAAUCAUCUUUACUUGGUAGUGAGCUGGGAGACACUACUACAAAAACAGCAGAUACAAGUCUUAGGUUACAACGUCGUCAUCCUAAAACAGAUUUUGUGGAAAAGUUGGAAACAACAUAUACUGUGGGAGGUGACAAAGAAAAUAACUGUGCUUCACAGGGAACUAGGACAAAAGCAAAGCUUGUAAAUAACAACACUGGUGUAGUGUCAUCUGUGGUUUCCAUGGAAGACUCAAAUGACAUUGGAGUGAUGGUUGGUGAAAAACGCAAAGACAUAUUUCCUGCCCUCAGUACGGCAAACGAAAGGGGGACAGUUAAGAACUCAAACGGUAGAAUGCCCGUUGGUUCCCAGUGUCAAACUGGUGUUGUGAGAUCAGGUCACCUAGCAGUGAAACCGGUUGAGAACAAGCUGGAUGUCAAAGUGUCAGAAGCAGGAGAGCCACACCAUGGAAAUACAGGGAAGGACAUUGCAAAAACUGUCCAUAAAGUUGGAAACUUAGAAACAAGGACCCCGGUGCAAUGUGUUCCAGAACAUAGAUUGGCACCAAGGCAUACCCUGCCUCCACCUAAAAGCCCAGCUGUAUCAACCCUGAAAAACAGGCUAGCAAGCCCUCAGGUUAAACAGAGGCCAAAAAGUGCUCUUCUUGCAAAUAAAAGGGACCACUCACAAGAAAGCACACUCCCUCCAGAAGAAAAAUCUGCAGUUCAGAAUACCUUCACAGAAGCAGACCCUGUAAGGGCAGAAAAUAGUCAAGUGACGGUGGCCGUGCGAGUGAGGCCUUUCAGCAAACGAGAGAAGAUGGAGAAAGCAUCCCAGAUUGUCUUCAGGAACGGGGAAGAAAUAACUGUGGAACAUCCCGAUAUGAAACAAAUUUAUAGUUUCAUCUACGAUGUUUUGUUUUGGUCUUUUGAUGACUGUCAUCCUGGCUAUGCUAGCCAGACUACUGUGUAUGAGUCGCUGGCAGCGCCACUCCUACAAAGAGCUUUUGAAGGCUAUAAUACCUGUCUCUUUGCUUAUGGCCAGACUGGCUCUGGAAAGUCGUACACGAUGAUGGGACUUAAUGAAGAACCAGGAAUAAUUCCGAGAUUUUGUGAAGAUCUUUUUGCUCAAGUAGCCAAAAAACAAACCUCCGAGGUCAGCUACCAUCUCGAAAUGAGCUUCUUUGAAGUUUAUAAUGAGAAGAUUCAUGACCUUCUGGUUUGUAAAGGUGAAAACGGGCAGAGAAAACAACCACUGAGAGUGAGAGAGCAUCCUGUUUCUGGACCAUACGUUGAAGCUCUGUCAAUGAAUGUCGUCAGUUCUUACUCUGAUAUUCAGAGUUGGCUGGAACUGGGAAAUAAGCAAAGAGCGACUGCGGCUACCGGUAUGAAUGACAAAAGCUCCCGAUCCCACUCUGUUUUCACCCUGGUGAUGACCCAGACCAAGACAGAAUUUGUGGAAGGGGAAGAGCAUGACCACAGAAUCACAAGCCGCAUAAACCUAAUCGAUUUGGCUGGCAGUGAGCGCUGCACUACAGCCCACACAAGUGGGGAGCGACUGAAGGAAGGUGUGAGCAUUAACAAGUCUUUGCUGACUCUGGGGAAGGUCAUAUCUGCGCUGUCUGAUCAAGCAAGUGGAAAGAGGGUUUUCAUUCCAUACCGUGAAUCUGUUCUUACGUGGCUAUUAAAAGAAAGCCUGGGUGGAAAUUCAAAGACGGCAAUGAUUGCUACCAUCAGCCCUGCUGCCAGCAACAUAGAGGAAACACUAAGCACACUCAGAUACGCCACUCAAGCCCGUUUGAUAGUCAAUAUUGCCAAAGUCAACGAAGAUAUGAAUGCAAAGUUAAUUAGAGAAUUGAAAGCAGAAAUUGAAAAGUUAAAAGCUGCUCAGAGAAACAACCGGAAUAUUGACCCUGAACGGUACAGACUCUGUCGACAAGAGAUAACGUCCUUACGGAUGAAGCUGCAUCAGCAGGAGAGAGACAUGGCAGAGAUGCAAAGAGUAUGGAAAGAAAAGUUUGAACAAGCUGAAAAGAGAAAACUUCAAGAGACAAAGGAGUUACAGAAAGCGGGAGUUACAUUUCAAAUGGACAACCAUUUGCCAAACCUUGUUAAUCUCAAUGAAGACCCACAGCUGUCAGAGAUGCUUCUAUACAUGGUAAAAGAAGGAAUAACUACAGUUGGGAAGUAUAAGCCAAACUCAAGCCACGACAUCCAGUUAUCUGGAGUGCUGAUUGCGGAUGAUCACUGUACUAUCAGAAAUUUUGGAGGAACAGUGAGUAUUGUCCCAGCUGGAGAAGCAAAGACAUAUGUAAAUGGGAUGCACAUUUCGGAGCCCACAGUAUUACAUCAUGGUGAUCGGGUGAUUCUCGGUGGAGAUCAUUAUUUUAGAUUUAAUCAUCCAGUUGAAGUCCAGAAAGGGAUAAGACCAUCAAGUAGACAUAAUCUCACAGUGGAAGGUCCAAAAGACUUUGAGUUUGCCAAAAAUGAAUUACUUAGGGCACAGAGAUCACAGCUUGAAGCAGAAAUAAAAGAUGCCCAGUUGAAGGCAAAGGAAGAAAUGAUGCAAGGAAUUCAAAUUGCAAAAGAAAUGGCUCAGCAAGAGCUUUCUUCCCAAAAAGCUGCAUAUGAAAGCAAAAUCCGAGCCCUGGAAGCAGAACUGAGAGAGGAGUCGCAAAGGAAGAAAAUGGAGGAAAUAAAUAACCAGAAAGCUAAUGACAAAAUUGAGGAGUUGGAAAAGGCAAAGCAGCAUCUUGAACAGGAAGUAUAUGUGAACAAAAGGCGGCUGGAGAUGGAGACUUUGGCUACAAAGCAGGCUUUAGAAGACCAUAGCAUCCGCCAUGCAAGAAUCCUAGAAGCUUUAGAAAUUGAAAAGCAAAAAAUUGCCAAAGAAGUACAAAUUCUUCAGGAGAAUCGGGGAAAUAGAGAUAAAACCUUUACAAUUCAGCCAAAUUGGAGCUCCAUGAAACUCUCCAUGAUGAUCCAGGAAGCUAAUGCCAUCAGUGACAGAUUUAAAAAGUACUAUGUUUUUGGCAGGCACGAUACAUCAGACAGAGGUCGUUCUGAUACUUCUGUUCGAGUUCGUAACCUGCAGCUUGGGAUCUCAACUUUCUGGAGUCUGGAAAAGUUUGAAUCUAAACUUGCAGCAAUGAAAGAGUUUUAUGAGAGUGAUGGUGGUAACAGGGCUGAGGAUGUCUUUUGUGAUCCUGAAGAUGAGUGGGAACCUGACAUUACGAGCACUCCAGUUUCUUCCCUUUCUAGAAGGAGGAGCAGAAGUUUGAUGAAGAAUGGGAGAAUUUCUGGUUGUUUGCAUGACAUACAGGUCCCUCCGAUUCAGAAUCUGCAUUCUUCACACUCAUCAGGUUUAAUGGAAAAAUCAAACACCAUUUACUCAAAUUCAUCAGAAUCGUUUCUUCCUGGAAUUUGCAAAGAAUUGAUUGGUUCAUCAAUAGACUUUCUUGGACAGAGUUAUGAUGAAGAAAAAACUAUAGCAGAUAGCCUGAUAAAUAAUCUCCUUAAACUUUAUAAUGGACUGUUUGCCAUUUCCAAAGCCCAUGAAGAACAGGAUGAAGAAAGUCAAAAUAACUUGUUCUCUUCUGACCGGGCAGCACAGGCAUUCACUGUCCAGAUUGCUUGUGCCUUUGAGCAGCUCGUGGUUUUGUUCAAACACUGGCUGGAUGAUUUUCCACCUGGUACCAGCUCAACGAGGCUUGAAGAUGAAUUGAGACAAGAUAUUAAAAAACUGGGAGGCUAUUUACAAUUGUUUUUGCAGGGGUGCUGUUCAGAUAUUUCAUCAAUGAUACAAGAGGCUCAAAACAAAGUCGUCCAGAUUAUACAGCAAGCUGCUCAGUGUGUGGGUCAGCUAGCCGUUUUGAAAGGGAGCAAGCUUUGUCUUCUGGAGAAUAGCAGCAAGAUUCCUGGCGCCCGGGUAAUGUCUAAUGAGUUCACAGCUGCCCUCCAGGAUGGCAUGGCCUUGGGGAUAAAAAGCCUCUUAGCUUCUGGGCUGGAAAAAGUCCAGGACCUGGAGGGAAACCUCUCACGGCAGAGUGCACAUGAGGAGGUCACCAGGCGGAUGAAGGCUAAUGCUGUGGAACUGGUCAGGUCUCUGGCAAACAUCUUUGCUGAAUGGAGACUAAAAAGCUUCAGAAAUCAAGUACAAGAAAAUUCUAGACAACAAGGUUCCAAGAUGUUAACUCUUGCAUCAGAAUUCUUGAAGUUAAAAUAUUGCUUGGAGAAAACUAUUGAGAUUAUUACAUCUGCACUGAGAGGGUGCCCCAGUGACCUGCAUUGUCUCAGAAGCUAUACUGAAACUCUCUGCGGCCUGGCUCACAAACUUCACAGUGACUUCACUGAGCCCCCUGCUUCUGCUGGCAACUGUGGGAAUAAAGUACCUCGGGCUGAUUAUGGAGAACUAGAAUCUCUAGCCAAAUCACUCCUCUUGUGUUUUGAAUGUGGAGAAAGACCUGGUUUGUUGCAACCCCAGGAGUCUUGUAAUCAAAACAGCAAGGAAGAGCAGCGUGAGGCAAGCGGGGCUGACUGCAGUAGAGGCUUGCCAACACAGGCCUGGGAACUACCCAGAGACCCAGUAGCCCCCGAAGUGUCCUCACAGGACUGCACUCCCAAUAGGAUCCAGUGGGUGUGAAACCAUCACAUAUGCUCCUGGUGACCGUUCAUAACCAGAAAGAACGCUUGCUGACACUUUUCCUCACAUAGGAGACCAUACAAAGAAAUGGAUGCAAAUGUUUAGAGUCUGUGUCUAUGCAUAGCUUCCUGUCAGGUGUGGGUAAUGCCAGCAGUAUGGAGUCCUGAUUUCAAAAUGCCUUGGUGUGUGCUCAGAAUUUUCUAAGCAGACUACUUUCAAACAAGGAGUUUACCAUGUUGGAACAGUGGCAUUAGAAUGAAAUUAGGGUCUCAGGACCACGUGAGUGACUGUGUCUCCAAUUUCCCGUUGCCUUGAAUUCUAAACGCCAACCUUGAACACUGAGAUACUGUCCUGACUGGUUCAUUAGUCUGUUUGUAGAUGUGUAUUUUCUCAUGAAUGGAAAUCUGAAAAGUUUGUUUCUUUCCCCCAUAUAUUGCAUAGAAGAUUAGGCUUAUGGUGAAAUUCUCAACACAAGUUUAACUAAGGCAGCUUACUGCAACUCUUUCGAAUGGUUAACUGUUUGCCACCUUCAGUAAUAAAUGUAUAAUCUGUGUCUUUUCAAGCCGUAACCACCUAAAGAUAAUAUAAUUACAUACUAUGACUAGAUAGCAUUAUAAUUUAUGGUGUUAUCUAUGUUCCAUAAUGGGGCUAUAUUCAUAAAAUUUUAAAAUAGCAUCACAUGGGGGAUCAGAGGCUGGCCCUUUUUUUGAUAGUGCUUGUUUUGCCAAAGGGAAAUUUGUUUACAUGUUGUUCAAUGGAGAUUAAAGAUCCUUGUAUUUCACAGCUUUAAAAACUCCUUCACCUACAAUCAAGUAAUAAAGAUAAUAUCCUACUUUAGGGUUUAACUUAAGGAAAUAGUUUAACAUUUUGACCACAAGAAUAUGUAUAAUUUGGGCUGGAGAGAUGGUUCAGUGGUUAAGAACGCUGGCUGCUCUUCCAGAGGUCCUGCGUUCAAUUCCCAGCAACUACAUGGUGGCUCACAACCAUCUACAAUGAGAUCUGGUGGCCUAUAGGUGUACAUGCAGGCAGAACAUAAUAAUAAGUAAAUAUACAUAAUAAAUAAAUCGUAAAAAAAAAAAAAAGAAUAUGUGUAAUUUACGAAGAUACAUAGUAUCUUUGCCUGGGUGACCUAAGCAGCUCCUGGAGAGAUUCUCUUUCGCUUGUGGGUGCUACUUGUCAAUGCUACAUUAAUUGUAGCUGGGUGAAGCCGGUUUGAGUACACCUGUCAUUUUCUCUGGGGGAAAGACUGUAAAGUAGCCUGGGGUGGUCAGCCAGGCAGUGACACGUCUGCUUGUGGUGCUUUGAAGUGGUAAAGUGUGGUCACCAGGCCUCCCUGGGUGCACCACUCCUGUCUCAUGUAGCAACGCAAGAGAUUUGUUUCCAUUGCCUUCUUUUAUUUUUGCCACGUUUUCUUUCUGAGGUUCACUGUGGAUGGGUCAGUGUUCUGGAAAGUAGCCCUUAUGUUACUAUUUGACAAACUGAAGUACACAGAAAGACCUGUCCUGAAGGUUGUACUUCCUCGAACUCACCAAUUUACCAUAAUUAGCCGGAGAUUUCACCUUGCUGCACAGCAGUUAAUCUUCAGUUUCUCCAUCCCUUCUCCCUCAGUUUUUUCUGUCUUUGAGACAUGGUCCUGCUGGGUAGCCCAGUGUGGCCUAUCCCUGUUAUCUUGCUGCCUUCACCUCCUAAGUGCCGGGGUUAUAGUGCACACCCCAAACCACACUAGUGUCUAUUCUCUAAACUCAUGUCUGUCCUCAGAAAUGUUUCAGGUAUGCUUGUAAGCUUAUUUAUAUUUAUGCCGGAUAAUUUGUUAUACUGUAUUUGAGUGAAUGGUGUAAAUAUGUCGCUGUUAGAAUCAUGUGCACUGAAAAGUGUUAUAAAGAGAGUGCUUUAAUAAAUCUUGUGAGCUUCAGAA